UAUACUUCACUUACUCUAGUUGAAGAAGAAUAUGAUGAAGAUGACAUGAAUUUGGAUCAAAAUAAUGAAAGAGAAAAUGCGAUAAAUAAUAAUCCUAUAGUUUUAAUCACAAUUCCAAGUGAGAUUGAUGUAGGAUUUCCGUUGACUAAAGGGUGGGCGUUAAAAGGUAGUCAAAAAUUAGAUCAAAAACCUGAAGAAAAAAUGAGCGCAAAAGCUAUGCGUGAAGAGCUCCUGGAAUAUGCUGAAGGUGGCGAGAUAGAAAAGGAGGACAUUUCAAAAAUCCAAACAAUACAAAAUUGG